GGGGCUGCAGCGGGUUUUGUCCCCUUGUCGGCUUCCGUAGAGGAAGUCGCGCGGACCAGUAUCUGGGAUUUUGGUGCUCCCCCCCUUCCCCUUCCUCGGGGUUCGGGGGUGACAUUGCAUCGCGCCCCUUACGGGGUCGCGUCGCCACCCCACGCGGACUCCCCCGCUGGUGAAUUUCUUUCAUUCGCCUCUCUUGGCCAGGCCUCCACCCCGCCCCCAGCUGUGCAGCCAUGGGGGCCGCUGUGUUUUUUGGCUGCACUUUCGUUGCUUUCGGUCCAGCCUUUGCGCUUUUCUUGAUCACUGUGGCUGGAGACCCGCUUCGCGUCAUCAUCCUGGUCGCGGGGGCAUUUUUCUGGCUCGUCUCCCUGCUCCUGGCCUCUGUGGUCUGGUUCAUCUUAGUCCAUGUGACCGACCGCUCAGAUGCCCGGCUCCAGUAUGGCCUUCUGAUUUUUGGUGCUGCAGUCUCUGUCCUCCUCCAAGAGGCGUUCCGCUUUGCCUACUACAAGCUCCUUAAGAAGGCAGAUGAGGGGUUAGCAUCGCUGAGUGAGGACGGAAGAUCACCCAUCUCCAUCCGACAGAUGGCCUAUGUUUCUGGUCUUUCCUUCGGUAUCAUCAGUGGUGUCUUCUCUGUUAUCAAUAUUUUGGCCGAUGCUCUUGGGCCAGGUGUGGUUGGGAUCCACGGAGACUCACCCUAUUACUUCCUGACUUCAGCUUUUCUGACCGCAGCCAUCAUCCUGCUUCACACCUUUUGGGGAGUCGUGUUCUUUGAUGCCUGCGAGAGGAGGCGAUACUGGGCUUUGGGCCUGGUGGUUGGGAGUCACCUACUGACAUCAGGACUGACCUUCCUGAACCCCUGGUAUGAGGCCAGCUUGUUGCCCAUCUAUGCAGUCACUGUUUCCAUGGGGCUCUGGGCGUUCAUCACAGCUGGAGGGUCCCUUCGAAGUAUCCAGCGCAGCCUCUCGUGCCGACGGCAGGAGGACAGUCGGGUGAUGGUGUAUUCUGCCCUGCGCAUCCCACCCGAGGACUGAGGGAACCUGGGGGGGACCCCGGGGCCUGGGGUGCCCUCCUGAUCUCCUCACCCUGUAUUUCUCCAUCUCCAGUUGUGGACAGUGCAGGUGGCCAAGGAAAGGGACCUAGUUUAGCCAUUGCCAUGGAGAUGAAAGUACUGGCAGCUCAGGGGUAGAUGAGCUGUGAGUUUCCCAGCACUCUCUCCCCAGACUGGACAACUUGAUCUUUUUCUCAGGCCCGAGGGGAACCAUUUUUGGUGUGGUAAAGACCCCAAACUGCCUUUUUUUUUUUUUUUUUUUUUUGAGUGGGUGGAGGGAGGAGGUAUGUUUGGACUCUUGGCCUGCUCCUUGGAUUGUAUUUUUUCUCUUUGAAUGGCUUCCUCUUGGCUGGGCUCAUAUCUAUCUUUCCCCUUCAUCCCAGCCUUGGGGGAAAGAGGGAAGGAAGGAAGGAAGGAAGUGCAUGUUUGGGAACUGGUAUUACUGGAACUAAUGUUUUCACCUCCUUGACCACCAGCCUCCCUCCUCUCCCCAAGGUGAAGUGGAGGGCACUGUGGGACCCACCCCAGAGCAGCAGUGCCCUGGAGGAGUCAAACCACCAUACCAUCGCAGGGCAGGAGGGCAGAUUUUUUUUUUCUAGUUUUUAAUUGGGAUGGGGGUGGGAGGGGAGAGGUUUUAUAAACUGUAUCAUUUUCUGCUGAGGAUGGUGUGUCCCCAUCCUUUUAAUCAAGGUGAUUGUGAUUUUGACUAAUAAAAAGGACUUUCUAA